AUGUCUGCCGAUGAAUCUAAUUGCCUCGACUUUUUCCGCUAUUGGUCGUCGGAGAGGCUCUCUGGAGUAUUCCAAUCCAGAUUCUGGAGUUCGAGGGUGCUGCAGCUCUCGAACAAUGAACCUGCUGUCUUUCAUGCCUUGAUUGCCCUUUCGUCGUUCCAACGAAGUGAAAUUACAACUGAUAUGUCACUUGAAGGCCCAAAAUCCUCCAAGAGUCGAUCAUUCAUCGACAAAUGGCAACAGCUUGGGUUGCAGCAAUACAACAAGGCCAUUGAGAGUCUUCACAUUCAUUUCGCCGCGAAAGAUCACCUGUCCAUUAAAGUCACACUCGCUGUGUGUAUUUUGCUCACAUGUACUGACAUAAUUCGAGGAGCCCGCGCUGCUGCUAACACACAUAUUGAAAACGGUAUCAGGUUAUUGUUAGCUCUUUAUCGUGCCGACAAUGGCCUCCAGCAGAUCGCAACCCUUACUGCCAAUGCCCGUCCCAUGAACAGCAUGCAGGAUCGAUGUAUUGAGCUGGAUCUUAUCGAAGCAGUUAUACGCUUGAAUACACAAAACCUCGUAUUCGGUCACCCAAUUCGCGUGCUGUUAACAGCUGCAGGGCUUGGCCCUCUUUAUCCACUCGAAAUGCCGCCCACCUUCGACAGUCUCGGCGAAAUGAGAACAUAUUUAGACAGAAUCUUGAACUUGGUGCUUCGGCCACCCAGAAAGAGGAGCCAAAAGGGCACUUGGGAAAAACUGUCACUUGAAGAAUUCAAUUGCCAGCAACAUUUUUUACAACGAGCCUUGGAUAAGUGGCUCAGCGCAUAUCAAGCAUCAGUCCCGGUAGUUCAGCUAAGUUUAUUAUCAAGACUGUCGCCAGGAAUCGAAUUGCUGCGCGUUUACUAUGUCAUGGCUACAAUCAUGCUCUCAGCUCGAGAUCCAGGAGGGGGUCUUGCGGGAUCCCAAAUGACGUACGACUCGCACUCUGAAACCUUUGAAGAUGUGCUGGAAAGAACAACUACAGUGUUUGGGAUACUGAACCAAGCAGAAUCACCAAUACCCGGCUGCGACUGGAUCCCUGAUCAGAGAGGAUUGGACCUCAAAGCAGACAUGGGUAUUCUUCCUCCAUUAUCCUACACUGCGAUAAAGUGCCGACAGCCUUUCAUACGCCGGAGAGCAAUCGAAUUGCUCGUUAGAGUUAGCCACUGUGAAGGACUUUGGGAUGGAGUUGCUGUAGCUGCUGUCGUCCAAAAAAUUAUUGAACUGGAAGAAGGUGACUUUUAUGCCACAACUUCAGAACGACCCUGGUACAUGUGGGGUUCUGAGUGUCACAGGAGUAAACCCGGUCCUACGACGAUGGCCGGUACCAUAAGGCAAACUGUUGCAGCACUACCAGAAGCUUAUAGGUUCCAGGACGUGGAGGUGAUUUUGAAAGAAGGGACAUCGCCCACCAAGGCAAGGGUGGCUUAUCAAUGUCGACGUGGGGACUCCCUGCUGCAGGGUGAACACGGUAUUCAUGAAUCCAAAAGCAUCGUGUGUAAUCUUUUGCAUAGGAAUAGGAUUGGCACUAGCCUCCAUUAA